AUGUCGAGACCCAAGGGACUGUUAUGGCUGCCACUGUUCUUCACCCCGGUCUGCGUCAUGUUGAACUCCAACGUUCUCCUGUGGAUAACCGCUCUUGCCAUUCGCUUCACGCUCAUUGACAGCCAAGCACAGUAUCCAGUCGUCAACACAAAUUAUGGCAAAAUUCGGGGCCUAAGAACACCAUUGCCCAAUGAGAUUUUGGGUCCCGUGGAGCAAUACUUGGGGGUCCCCUAUGCCUCACCUCCCACUGGAGAGAGGCGGUUUCAGCCCCCAGAACCCCCAUCCUCAUGGACUGGAGUUCGAAAUGCCACCCAGUUCGCGGCUGUGUGCCCCCAACACCUAGAUGAGAGGUCUUUAUUGCACGAUAUGCUGCCCAUCUGGUUUACUGCCAAUUUGGAUACUUUAAUGACCUAUGUUCAAGAUCAAAAUGAAGACUGCCUUUACCUAAAUAUCUACGUGCCCACCGAAGAUGGAGCCAACACAAAGAAAAACGCAGAUGAUAUAAGCAGUAAUGACCGUGGUGAAGAUGAAGACAUCCAUGAUCAGAACAGUAAGAAGCCAGUAAUGGUCUAUAUCCACGGCGGGUCUUACAUGGAGGGCACUGGCAAUAUGAUAGACGGGAGCGUUCUGGCAAGCUACGGAAAUGUCAUCGUGAUAACCAUUAACUACCGGCUGGGCAUUCUAGGGUUUUUAAGUACCGGCGACCAGGCGGCCAAAGGCAACUAUGGGCUCCUGGAUCAGAUCCAGGCGCUACGGUGGAUUGAGGAGAACGUCGGGGCCUUCGGCGGGGAUCCCAAGCGAGUGACCAUCUUCGGCUCGGGGGCGGGAGCCUCUUGCGUCAGCCUGUUGACCUUGUCACACUAUUCAGAAGGUCUGUUCCAGAAGGCGAUCAUCCAGAGCGGGACCGCCCUGUCCAGCUGGGCAGUGAACUACCAGCCUGCCAAGUACACUCGGAUAUUGGCAGAUAAAGUCGGCUGCAACAUGCUGGAUACCACAGACAUGGUCGAAUGUCUUCGGAAUAAGAACUACAAAGAGCUCAUUCAGCAGACCAUCACCCCCGCCACGUACCACAUUUCCUUUGGCCCCGUCAUCGACGGCGAUGUCAUCCCGGACGACCCUCAGAUCCUGAUGGAGCAGGGAGAGUUCCUGAACUACGACAUCAUGCUGGGCGUCAACCAGGGGGAAGGCUUGAAGUUCGUGGAUGGUAUCGUGGACAGUGAGGACGGCGUGACGCCCAACGACUUUGACUUCUCCGUGUCCAACUUCGUGGACAACCUUUAUGGCUACCCAGAGGGCAAAGACACGUUGCGGGAGACCAUCAAAUUCAUGUACACGGACUGGGCCGACAAGGAAAACCCGGAGACGCGACGGAAGACCCUGGUGGCUCUCUUCACGGACCACCAGUGGGUGGCCCCCGCCGUGGCCACAGCCGACCUCCACGCCCAGUACGGCUCUCCGACCUACUUCUACGCCUUCUAUCACCACUGCCAAAGUGAAAUGAAACCCAGCUGGGCGGACUCAGCCCACGGCGACGAAGUGCCCUAUGUCUUUGGGAUCCCCAUGAUCGGCCCCACGGAACUCUUCAGUUGUAACUUCUCCAAGAACGAUGUCAUGCUCAGCGCGGUGGUCAUGACAUACUGGACCAACUUCGCCAAAACCGGUGACCCUAAUCAGCCUGUUCCUCAGGAUACCAAGUUCAUUCAUACAAAACCCAAUCGCUUUGAGGAAGUGGCCUGGUCCAAGUAUAACCCCAAAGACCAGCUCUACCUGCAUAUUGGCCUAAAGCCCAGAGUGAGGGAUCACUACCGAGCCACUAAGGUGGCUUUCUGGCUGGAACUGGUGCCCCACCUGCACAACCUGAAUGAGAUCUUCCAGUACGUCUCCACCACCACAAAGGUCCCUCCUCCUGACAUGACCUCCUUUCCCUAUGGAACCCGGCGGUCUCCCGCCAAGAUCUGGCCCACGACCAAACGCCCAGCCAUCACUCCUGCUAACAACCCCAAACACUCCAAGGACCCUCAUAAGACGGGGCCCGAGGACACAACCGUCCUCAUCGAAACCAAACGGGAUUACUCCACCGAACUGAGCGUCACCAUCGCCGUGGGGGCCUCCCUGCUCUUCCUCAACAUUUUGGCCUUUGCGGCUCUGUACUACAAGAAGGACAAGAGACGCCACGAGACGCACAGGCGCCCCAGUCCCCAGAGGAACACGACCAACGACAUCGCUCACAUCCAGAACGAAGAGAUCAUGUCGCUGCAGAUGAAGCAGCUGGAGCACGACCACGAGUGCGAGUCCCUGCAGGCUCACGACACGCUGAGGCUCACCUGUCCCCCAGACUACACCCUGACGCUGCGCCGCUCUCCUGAUGACAUCCCACUCAUGACACCAAACACCAUCACCAUGAUUCCAAACACACUGACGGGGAUUCAGCCUUUGCACACGUUCAACACCUUCAGUGGAGGACAAAACAGUACGAAUCUGCCCCACGGACACUCGACCACCAGAGUAUAG